AUGGCUCAGAAGGAACAUAGAAUCCUGAACUACGUGUUGAAAAAUGCUGUCCGCGGUAACCCGCAGAGUGUGGUGGACACGAUCGACCAAUACUGCAGCCAGAAGGAAUGGGCCAUGAAUGUGGGAGAUGAAAAAGGUAAAAAAAAUAACAAAAUAAACCUUAGUUUUUAUGCAAUGCAUGUUUUGUCAUUCUUUCUCUAUUGAGAGUUAUGCCAAGCAAAAGAGCGUUGAAUAAACAAACUCCAUUUUAAGUUUUUCUUAGAUAAUUAUGGCAAAAUAGAUAAACUAGCCUGUGCAAGUGCAAGAGUGACCAAUCAUUACAGCAGCACUUAGUUACCAUCAAUAUAGAAUAGCAAGGGACUUUAGUAGGGUCAAUAAGGUAAGACUAAAUAAUAUAAAAAUCAAAUAUAAUAUAAUAAUCAAAGAAAUAAAUUAUUCAGAACAAACAAACUAAAACUUGCUAUAGAAAACACUCAGAGCUGGCCCCAUACAAUAGAAAGUCAUAUGAAUCCCAUAAUAAGACUGGUAAGUCUCCUUAGGUGAUAUCCCUAUAUCACACCAUAGGGAAAUAGUGGAGAGUGGCAGUUACCUUGGGUGCCUGUGAUCCUGCUGUAGCUGCAUUAUGAGAGGCCGAGGGAGAUAGUAUAUUGGAUGUCUUAUCAUCUAGAUUAGCUUCCUCUUGUAGCCCAGGUAAAUCUUUUUUUUUUUUUUUGUAAAUAUGUUUUUAUUGAACAUUUCGUUUUGUUUUUGUUUUUUUGCUUUGUUUUUUCAUAGUUAUCAACAUGGAACAGAAAAACAUGGACACGCAAGUCCCUUUGGUCAUUUGUACUUGUUUAUACAUCAUAGGGCAUAGUCUGUUAGACGUGUCUUGGCGACUCGCAGGUCGCUUUCUUGAGUAAAUGGUGUGUGCAUAGUUACAAAUAGUACUUUGUUAUAUCUGACGUGUACCUUUUCUGCAUUGGGUAGUUUUGUAUGUCCCGCCAAUUUUCGUCUAGUCCCCCAUGCUCACCCUGUAGCCACCAUGCAGUCCUAGGACAUGUGGGGUACCUACUGUGUAGGGUCCCAUCAGGGCAUGCAGCCUCCUUGCGACCCCGUGUCUAAGGUCCAGGAUGGUGGUAUAGUGGGGUGUUGACCCCCUACGCUGGUACUAUUCGGCUCUGCCCAGCGUUAUACAUUGGUGUGGAUGGGAGUAACCUAAGGGGCAUCCUGCGUUUCCUUCUAAACUAGUAACGUUUGUAACUCGCGGAACUGGCGCUCUUCCACCCCCCGUACCCGCGGGGCCGUAAGCCGUUUUGGGCACUGCAGGUGGCCGCACCCCGACAGGUAUCAUACCCCCCCAGCACACCCCUGAGGGGUCGGCCCCCCGCAUCCCGAGCCCGUGCUCCUCCCGGACCUGCCAGUGUGUGGGGUAGGGUGGGGUACUGCGUCUUGGGCCAGGUGUGGGUCGUCCCGUUAGGCUCCUGGUGUCUCCUCCUGGGGGUUGUCCAUUCCUCCCCCCAUGGUCAAAUGCACAGUUCAAAAUGCCUCCGUUCCCACCCAUGUCAGCCAGGGUGUCCAUGUGUCUAGGUAUGUCUGCAUUCGGUCUUGGGCUGAGUACCAGAUUUCCUCCGUUACUCGUAACUCCUCCAUUCUAGUAAACCACAGGGAAAGCGUUGGAGUUGUGUCUUUUUUCCAGUACAAAGGUAUUAGGUGUUUUGCGACAUGAAGAAUGCGGAUGGUCAGGGAGCGUUUGUAUCGUGGUGUGGGGGUUGUCGUGUGGUGCAGGAGGUACGGGGCGGGCUGGAAGGGUGGGACAUUGUCCGUGAACAGGGCCACCAUGGCAGCUAUUUUCUCCCAGAACGGUACUAUGAGUGGGCAUUCCCACCAUAUGUGGAGGAAGGAUCCUACCCCUCUCUUGCCGUCCGUGUCUAAGUGCAUUCUCUGUAAGCGUUCUGAUGUCAAAUACCAUUGUGUGAGGACCUUGUAGGCCGUUUCCUGCGUUUUGCUAGCAAUUGCGCAGUGGUGCACUAGGUCGCAGAUCUUGUGCCACUGGGUCUCGGUAAGUGUUUCUCCUAUGGCGGUCUCCCAUUUGGACAUGAAGGAGGGUAGGGGUUGUCCCUGUUGUCGUUGUAGCAUAGAGUAGAGGUGGGAAAUGCUAUGGGGCAUGGGCUCCGGGUCCUGGCACAACUGUUCGAAUUGCGUGAGAUCCCUAUAGAUAUCGGGGAGGCUGCAAUCUUUUGUUCAGUGUCUCCUUGCAGAGGGUGGAGUCCCUGAAUGUCAGUGCUGCACACUGUGGGAAGCACCUCUAGCAGCCAUCUGAGGAGUGACCAGUAGAGUUAUCAUUAGGGUGUAAUGGAAACACUGCAUUUUCUCUGAAAAAGUGCUUACAACAAAAAGCCUGAAGUGAAUGAUUAUACUCACCAGAACAAAUACAAUAAGCUGUAGUUGUUCUGGUUUCUAUGGUGUCCCUUUAAGGCUUCCUGUCAAACAUUAUUUAAUGCCUAAAGCUAAAGUAGUACUGAAAUAGCCUUUGUCCCAAGACAAAAAAGGGUGCCUCAGAUUGACAUUGAGGUAAAAAGUAUUCUAAAAAAUAGCUGACUUUUGUUAGGAUAAAUCAUAGGCAAAUAUUUUCUAAAAGCUGCACCCUCUAUUCUGUUUGGCUUUAUGUUUUGUUAAUAUAUACAUAUAUGUAGACAACCAAUUUGCAGUAACUUUUUGCUGAAAAUCCUCCAGAAUAUGUUUUUAAAAAAAAAAAAAAUAAAUAAUAAUAGUGUAUUCACAAAUAUAUGCAUAGAAAUUACAAUGAAAAAUCACUAGUCCGCACGACCGUUUCAGAUGUCUUUUAAUUCAAAUCAGAAACCACAGGCUUCCAUACAGAACUGGGGUACUGCAUUUUUCUGAUCACAUUUAAGUGUCAUUGUAAUGCUUAUCUGAUAUGACACACUGUCACAUGAAACCUAGUUCCCAUUUUAAAGCUGAUUAGACCGAUUGCAAAAUCAAGCAAAGCCUAAAAAACAAAUAUUGCAAAUGGACUGUAGGUCAGUGACCUCUCUUUUCACAGACACUACUGACCUUGCUCCUGAUUUUACUGAAAUAUAACACCACCUUAUACAUUCAAAUAAACAGAUAUAAAUGAUUCCCUUAUAGGCGGACAUUUUUAUAUAAUGAACAAAAAAUGUAAAAGAAUAAUUUAAAAGGGGCAGAGCUUAGCAGCCGAGCCGAACGAAGCAGUGCCGAGAGAGCUCCCAUGGUACCGGCCACAAAAACGGAGCUAAUCCCAGACCUUAAACCUGAAAUCACCCCAAAAUUCACCCCAUGCAGUUAGGGAGUGAACCGAUGACUUUGGGGAUACCGUACUCGACGUUACUAGUUACGAGGAGCUGGCACCACAACAUGCGGCCUAAGGGCACAGGAACUGGGGAGAGGCGGACGCUCUCCUCACUCCAUAAGCAACAGAGCGGAUCUGUCAGGCUCCUACCCCCUCCCGCCUCCUGGAUCAUUGGGGGUUAUCUCUGUCCCCACAGAUGUGCCGACAUACUCACAUGCCCUGGAGCCGGCAGAAACUGUGGAGCUAUCUACUUAUAAACAGCCUGACAAGAUGGCCGCCGCUGCGAAGCCUGCUGCCAUUCUUGCAUCCAAUCUAUGGGCCACAAUGGAAGAACGGAUAUCCCAGGACUUUGAAAAACUGUGGGUACAACUCUGGCACAGGAUCAAGCGACGUGCAGUGCGAUCAGAAGCCACACAAGCAGUUCAACCUGAUCUGAACUGCCUACACAGACACAAGUGGUUGCCCGCUGGGCACAGUGUGGACGCGACACUGAAAAUGGCUGCGAAGAGGCUGGUGCCCCGAUGGACACAGCAAAAGCGGAGGCCUGGUCCUGCCAUGGACCGCUGCCCACCCAGGUCACAGUUCAAUAGGGGACGGCUCCCCAAGCACAACCCACACCCUCAGAAGGUCACUACCGUACACAAGGGAAAACACCUUGGCAAAGGGCCUUGAGACAAAGUCCUGGACGCUUCCUGCAGCAGGACCUGUGGGAUUGGUGCUAUGGACUGUACUAAAACCUGGGACUGGUGGGAUACAGUUGUGCAGGACUUUUGUCAUUGCUACUACAGGGGCAGUGUCCACUAUAUGGGAGGAAUUGGCUGAAUGUUAUUCUUUAUUUUGUUGUCUCAGGGGCUACAGCUCUCCACAUCCUUGUGGACAGUCACCACUGACUCUUUCCUCCAUUUAUCUACACUGUCUCCAGAUGAUGUUGGCACCCAGUGGCACCACCUGUAUUUUCGUUAGGAUGUUGAUUUCCCAAAAGGCAGCACAUAUCUAUCUCUAUCACUACAGCAUCUAUUGCACCUACUCUCCACAUCACUCGAUUAGCUUGAGAAUGUAUAAAAUGUUGUAUGCUUAAAUGUGCAUUGCUUACCCUGUUUGAAUCUUGCUUUUCAAAAAUAGAGGCUGUGUAUUUCAGAGUUUAGCUCUAUAUGCAUAUCUACUAUACUAUUGUCAAGUACACACUUGCUAUUACUCCAGUACCUCAUUUCUGUAAUGUAUGUUUUAUGCCUCAGAAUGACUAAAAAAAAAAAUGCCCACAAUGCAUUGUCCUAGUCUGUGCAGAUUUCAUAGACCCUGAUAUUGGGAGGUAUAAAGAUGAAAAAGGUGUGUGAGCACAAUUGUUUGAAAGGGGCCUUUUUUAGCCUGGUAUGAAUGUAUAAUGUGUGGGUCCACUGUCUAGGUAAUUUCCAAUUAAAAAUAAAAUAAAAAUCAGAUAAAAAUGCUGGCGUAUCAUUAAAUUAGCCAGCCCGAUACAAAAUCGAAAACACAGAAUGCUGUUAAUGUCCUCUGUCACUAGGCUGAAUGCUCGGAACGCAGAUCCUGAACCCAGAAAUGUAUCUCUGAAAGUAGGACUUUUGGGAGGUUUGAGAUUCUGCAGCGAGCCCUCACCAAACCACUUGACUUCUAGAGCUCUACUAAAACUAAAUAUUAUCAGCAGAACUUUUUUAUCUACAGCAUUGCUUUCUGGACGUUUAAGUUAAUGGUCAACUUUCUGCUGUAGAAAAUGAAGAUCGGAACAACAAUAAGUCGUGUCAUCAUGAACAAACAAAAAAAAAAAAGAGAGAGACCAGCACUCCUUAACCCCUUAAGGACACAUGACAUGUGUGACAUGUCAUAAUUCCCUUUUAUUCCAGAGGUUUGGUCCUUAAGGGGUUAAACAAUCAAUGUGUUGGGUUACACUGGGCACCUGCAGCCGCAUGCCCAGCAGGAGAACCUUUUUAGCUCUACUGAGAUAAGCAGACACUAGGGGAAUUGGAACUUAGAUGCUAGCUAGUACUCCAGACAAUUGAUCCCCUGGGCACCAUUUAGUAGAUCUCUCUUUUUAUUCAAGUAAUACUUUUUGUUUGCAUAAUCCUUUUUAUCCUUAGAUUGAUUAAAGGUAGGGCCCCCCUUCCUCAUUUCUUAUACAGUGGAGCUCUCCUGAUGUUAGUUUACCCUUGUGGGACUCUAUACAUCACAUACUCCUAUUUCCUCGUUUAACCCCUUAAAGGACCACUCUAGGCACCCAGACCACUUCAGCUUAAUGAAGUGGUCUGGGUGCCAGGUCCAGCUAGGGUUAACCCAUUUUUUCAUAAACAUAGCAGUUUCAGAGAAACUGCUAUGUUUAUGAAUGGGUUAAGCCUUCCCCCAAAGCCUCUAGUGGCCGUCUCAUUGACAGCCACUAGAGGCGCUUGCGUGCUUCUCACUGUGAUUUUCACAGUGAGAGCACGCCAGCGUCCAUAGGAAAGCAUUGUAAAUGCUUUCCUAUGAGACCGGCUGAAUGCGCGCGCAGCUCUUGCCGCGCGUGCGCAUUCAGCCGGCGGGGCGUAACGGAGGCGGAGAGGAGGAGGAGAGCUCUCCGCCCAGCGCUGAAAAAAGGUAAGUUUUUAACCCUUUCCCCCUUCCAGAGCCGGGCGGGAGGGGGUCCCUGAGGGUGGGGGCACCCUCAGGGCACUAUAGUGCCAGGAAAACGAGUAUGUUUUCCUGGCACUAUAGUGGUCCUUUAAGGACCAAACUUAUGGAAUAAAAGGGAAUCAUGACAUGUCACACGUCAUAUGUCCUUAAGGGGUUAAUAUUGUAUCUUACAAUUUUUAAGGGUCUUAACUCCCCUGAAAAGAGACAAAUGACGAUACGUGACUUCCUUAAAAUGACAGCUGAUAUGGUUUUGGUACAGGAAACUCACUUUCGGUGGGCUCCUAAAUUGAGACAUUCCCACAUUGCUACUAUAACAACUUUCACUUGAGUAAAACACUAGGGGUGGCCAUAAUGAUAAGUUCACGUACCAAAACCAGGUAACGGACACAACAGGGAGGUACAUUCUUUAAGGGCUGGUGCGUACAUCCCCCAUCACCUUGCUAAAUGUUUAUCUCCCCAAUAAAAAACAAUGUUCCUCAUUUAGGCCCAUACUGUCAGUGGUCCGACUCCAUGCAGAGGGAUUCCUGCUCAUAGGGGGUGACUUUAAUAUCUACCUGGAUACCCAAAUGAAGAGCACCUCCACAAAUCCCGCCCAUUUUGCUUCAGCUAGGGCCCAGAUGCGCAGACUACUCCAUGGCAAACAACUAGUUGACUGCUGGAGAAUCCAGAACCCAUCCACCAAAGAGUUUUCUUCUAUUCGACCCCAAAUAGAACUUAAACAAAAAUAGACUAUUUCCUGGUACCACACAAGGACCCAUCGUUAAUACGCAACACUAAUAUAGGUAAUAUUGUUUGGUCCGACCACGCCCCCAUAUUACUAACUGUAACAAUUUCCACACUACCGACAACAAAAUAUCAAUGGAAACUCAACCCCUAUUUACUACAGAACCUCAAGGUUCGUCAGCCACUUUCGACCUCCAUCACACAAUACGUCUAGGAAAAUAAGACUUCCGAUACCACCCCAACGGUACAAUGGGAAGCCCAUAAGUGUGUUCUGAGGGGGAAGCUGGUAAAGUGGUGACCGCAGUUAAAAAGGGAGAAAUCUAGAACUAGAAAAAACUACUCCAGGAUAUUAAAGACUUGAAGGACAGGCAUAAAUAUACAUUGACAGACACAGACUAUUGCAAGCUAGUCUCUCUUAGGUCUGAGCCUAAGAUCCUAAUGGGCAGCAGCACUAAAAAGGCGGUGCUAUGGAUCAAACCGAUUUUACUCACAGGGUGACCGGUGUGGGAGGUUGUUUGCUUCUGUGUUAAAACCCAACAUCUACAUACUUAAAAUUAAACGGACAGACAGGACGAUAGCUAAUACGGCCGAGGAUAUUGCCAUGGCAUUCAGUGACUUUUAUCAUUACCUCUAUAAUUUGAAACCCCCCCCCCCCAAGCAGGGAAGAAAUGAAGGCCUAUCUAGAGCGUAGGUUAGAUAAUAUCCUGCAUGGAAGCUCAGACGUUAAACGCUCCCUUUACCUUAGAAGAACUGUCUAAAGCAAUCCGCACAACUCCCUCUAAUAAAUCCCCAGGACCAGACGGCUUCUCUAGUGUCUAUUAUAAAACUUUUGCUGAGGAACUAUCCCUCCAUUUUUUUGGAAUCGCUCAAUUCGUUAUCCAAUUCGACUGCACUUCCCCCCUCUAGUCUAGAAGCCACAAUCACCCUGAUUCCCAAACCUGGAAAAGGCCUGCGGGAAUUUUCGUCCCUUUUUACUGAUUAACGUGAAACUAAAAUUAUUUACUAAGAUGAUAGCACUAUGUUUAAGGCCACUUUUACAGGUAUUGAUACACCCAGACCAGGCAGGGUUUGUCCCAGCGAGGGAGGCUAAGGAUAAUUCCACCAAGAUAGUGGACUUAGUGCAAUGGUCACAGACAGGGGGGAACCCAGCCAUCCUGUUGGCAAUAAAUGCUGAAAAGGCAUUCGAUGAUAAGGUGGACAGGCCGUUCCUCAUGCUUACACUGGAAGCCUUAGGUUUUGGACCUGCUUGGUUGCAGUGGAUUGGGGCCAUAUACUCACAACCCACUGCUCGCAUUAAAGUAAACUGCUUAUUAUCCUUGUCACUGCCCAUUACCAACGGUACCCGACAAGGCUGCCCCCUGUCGCCCCUUCUGUUUAUUUUAGUGUUAGAACCACUGCUUCAAGCAGUGCGCAAAAAUACAGGUAUCAGGGGGAUACACGUGGGACCUCGGGAAUUCAAGAUAUCCACUUUUGCUGACGCUUUACUUUUCACGAUCACCAAUCAGAGUACCACCCUCCCACACUUGGUAGACGAAAUUACCUACUAUAGCUCAUUGGCUAACUUCAAAAUGAACUCAGACAAAUGCGAAAUACUCAACUUCACGGUACAAGAGCAAUUACAAAGGGAAUUUCGGUUCCAGUGGGCCUCCAAAUCAAUAAAGUACCUGGGAAUUAACAUCCCUGCAAAUCCUAGAACUCUAUAUACACUAAACUUCCCCCGAUUGCUGACCACCAUACAAGCGGACUUGCAGGCGUGGGACAAUCCCCAUCUAAGGUGGAUGGGAAGGGUCAAUGCUAUAUCGAUGAAUGUACUCCCUCGUAUUCUGUAUCUGUUCAACAUACCGAUACAUCUCCCCAGACGGUUCUUCAGAACCAUUCAAACAAUGUUCACAAGGUUCAUUUGGGCAGGGAAACUACCACGCUUAGCCUUCCACAUUAUCAAGCACCCUAAACACAAGGGAGGCUACUAUGCGGUACAUAUGAACAGGAUUCUAGACUGGUCCAUACUACCCUCCCCCAAACUCUGGAUACACAUCGAACAGUCCUCCUCACAACCACCUCUACAUGCACUCCCGUGGGCAGUUACAGGUUUAAGGAAAUACCCGAUCCCACAACAACUGACUAUUGCAGCAACAAUUUCAGUAUGGUCCAAAAUAACCCAUCUACCUGAAAUCGCUCCCACUAUCUCACCGAGAUAUCCCAUCUCGCACAGCACCCUAUUUCCGGUGGGGGCAAGGGUUACAACUGGAAAAUGUGGCAUAUGGGCCACUAGAUAGUAUGUGGGGACCGGAGGGGUUUAGACCUCUAACAUUAGGCCUCCGCCUUUUAGCACAGGCUUUGCAAUACUUCCAAGCAUCGCAUUUCAUCAAAACCUUCAAUAUUCCAGAGGGGCACUCAGAGAACAUACGGCGUUUGAAAGAUUGUGCUCAGGUACUACAGCUAUAGCUAAAUCAACCUUGAUGUGUCUUAAAAUAAUCCAACCACACCUUCACAGAGGACUCUUGUAUUUCCCUCGGAAAUGGGAGAACUACCUAGGGCAGGGGUGGGCAAAUCUUCGGCCCUCCAGAUGUUAUGGACUACAUCUCCCUUGAUGCUUUGCUAGCAUUAUGGCCCUAAGAGCAUUAUGGAAGAUGUAGUCCAAAACAUCUGGAGGGCCUGCAGAUUGCCCACCUCUGACCUUGGGUAGUCAAUAGGAGAGAGAGACUGGGAAACACUUUUUCGGUGAGCGUUUUAUGCCCACUCGAGUGUCAUGUUGCAAGACAAUAACUAUAAAUUAAUCUUUGGAUGGUAUCUCACACCACAGGACAUUAACUGUUUUCACCCAGCCACAUCCCCCCUUUACUUUAGAUGUGGAGGGGUGGCCAUGUGCCACAUAUGGUGGAAGUGUAAGGGGAUAUCACCUUUUUGGGUACAGGUAGUGGCCACGAUACAGGAAACUAAGCGCACGUGCCUCUCCCUUGAGAUGGACACCCUGUUACUCUUACACACAGACACGUCCUUAACUAAAUAAAAAAACUCACUACUGUAUUUUAUGCUCACUGCCGCCAAAUCAGUAAUUGUGAGCUUGUGGAACGCGACCAAGACGCUUGGCUUAAGGGAAUUGAUAACUAAAAUUGAGUACUUCCGUACCCUGGAAAAACUCUGAUGGUCGUUCCUGGGGAAACUUGCUAAUAAUGUUAGGAUCUGGCAACUCUGGAUCGCCUUCAUGGGUAAUCGCGUGGAGGAUGCACAAACGGUGGACCUGGCUAAUGUCAGAUAAAGAGAAAAUAAAAUUUAUAUUUCUGCGUGAGCGAUAUUGUAGCUGUCCUAAACACAAUCUGGCAUAGCCGGAGCCUUUACCUUUAACCCGGGGGAUAGACGGGAUUGAGACCCACUUAGGGUACAUAAACCUCAGCAUUCUCCUAUUUUUGAGCCACUAAAGCCUGCUUUAAUGUCGCCCUCAAACAAAAGAAUUAUGUGUAUAACGUGUGUGCUCAGAAUCCUACUCUAAUGUAUUCUUAAGUUGUUUGUUUGAUUAUUGGUUCUUUUCUGUAUAUCUAUUUUUAGUAGUUAUCUCUGCAUUUAUCCAGUCAUAUGGUCUCAGCACGCUAGCAACCUGUGAGACAUACAUGUCGCAGGAACUCCAGGGCACUAUAGUUUCUAUAGGCAGCUAAUACCUUUACUUAGCUAAAUGUUAUGCACACAGACGAAAGGAUGAUAUGUUGAACAUAAAGAUAACCAGUUAACUCCUGGGGCUCCUGCCCUUUCUGGCAAAGCCUUCCUACUGCCAAUAUUGAAGGUACCUUCCUCAAUCAUAUGUGCAAUUGAUGUACCAAUUGAAUGUACUAUGCCUGAUUAUGGUUUCCUAUAUAACUUUUGAUCGACAUGUACAACGUGGAAUGUAUACCACCUUCUGAUUGUCUUUUUGCUCCAUAUUUCUGAUUUUUCAUUCAAUAAAAAGAAAUUGAAAAAAAAUAAAAAAAAACACCUUAACAACCUUACCCUGUUCCAAGUAUGAAAGGCUCCAAGCUCAAAUCCUUUAUUUCAGUUGGAAAUUUACCCAAAUGAGGACGAUUUCCAGUUGUACUAUAUUUUAGGUAUUUCUGUGUUUUUUAUUAGAAAUUGUCAAUGGGAGUUACAUAAUUAUUGAUUUAUGUGCUCACAAGUGUCCUGCUUUUCAGGCCUGAUCCUGGAUCAGAUAGUGAAGGAGACUGAUCCGUCCGUGUUGCUGGAACUGGGCACGUACUGUGGAUACUCGGCUACCAGAAUUGCCCGGCUACUUAAACCCGGCGCUCGCCUCUUCACUGUGGAGAUUAAUCCAAUACAUGCUGCCAUUGCCAAACAGAUGAUAGAAUUUGCUGGAGUGCAGGACAAGGUAUUGCUCUGAUACUCACCCAAGUGACAAUUACUGUUUUCCAUCUGUACCAUUACAUGUUACAUACAUAUAGGAACUCAACAAUGAGAGAGAGGGAAGAAUUCUAAUAUGCCUUAUAGGAAGAACAAAUCAACUAUCCCUUUAGAAUAUGUCCAUGUGCACCUUUUGUGCCUUAUUUCAACAUACCCAUUCUGAACAGCAGUGAUAGGCUGUGGAGAGUUAGUUCUGCAUGCUCAGCCUAUCACCGUGGUACAGAUUGGACAGAAUCGACACUGGUGAUGCAGAAAAGUACAUUUUGCAUCAGCAAUGUGUCUAAAAGCGUCUUUUGAAGUUUGACAAAACAGCACACAUAGAAUCUUGCCAAAAUAAUCACUACACUGAGCUGUAUAGCUUAGGUUGAUUAGAGUUCCCCUAUAACUAUUAGAAGGUCUGAUUUAAUGCAUAAGCAUGGUCAGAAUGCAUUGUGCUUUAAAGUAAAGUACUUUUAUAUUUUUAGUAAAUCUAAUGUUUAAUUUAUUAAGAGUUCUAGUGGGUUCACAAUGCUGCAAAAAAAGACUCUGUGAUGAGUAGAAUCUCUAAAUUAUCAUUGAAGUAUAGCAUUACCUUCCGAUAGCUUCAUUAUUAAAGAUUUAAUUAUGGUCAGAUGGUCGUCCACAAACAUAUGGACUGCAGUCUGUCAGGCACUAUUACACAUCAUAAUCUAUACAUUGUUUUGGCAAAAUCACCGACAUUACCAUGAAAAUGUGUGUGUAUACACAUUAAAGGGAAAGUAAAAUGCCAGGAAAACAAGGUUGUAUAGUGCCCCCCUUCUGUCACUUACCUGAGUCCAGUGCUGAUGUUUCUCUGCACUGGUUCUGAUCCGCCUCUGCUCCUCCCAUGACGCCAUCACCCAAUGGGGGACCUAAUGCACAUGUGCAGGCAAGAUUUUCUCAUGCAUAGCGUGAGAACAUCCAGAGUCAGUUAGGCAACAAAAAGUCGCCUAACCACCCGGAAGUCCUUCUAGUGGCUGUCUGGUAAACCACCGCUAGAGGUGGAGUUAACCCUCAAAGGUAAUUAUUGCAGUUUAUUAAAAACUGCAAUAAUUACCUUUUGCAGGGUUAAGGAACCUGGGAAUAUGCACCCAGACCACGGCAAUCAGCUGGGUGCCUAUAGUGUCCCUUUAAUGCUUGGCCUGCCUCUAGCAAGAUAUAUACCAGAGUCCUACCCCACUACUAAAUAAUAACAUUUAAACUUAUCAUAACACGAAGUGCAAUUCGCAUUGCACACAAACAGGAUAAGAUCACAUACAGGGUUAUUUACUAAAGUGAGAUUUCAAAAUGAAUCCAAAGUAAAUGUCAAAUUUUAAGGCCAGAAUAGCCAAACUGAAAGCAUAGCUGGCUUAGAGAAUUCUUUCACUUCAAAUCACCUUAAAUUCACACUUUAUUGAAUAACCUUGAUAAUCUUUCAAUGUGAGAAUGUACUGCCCUGCAUAGUUCGAUGACUUCGAUCUUCUGCAACUUGCAAGCAUUGCAGUGAACACUGCAGUGAAUUCUGUUCAUAAGUUGUGCUCAUGAGCUGGGGAACCAGUGAAUGUGAUAGGGAUCUAGGUCACUAGAGCAGUUUGUGGAAAUUUGCCAUGAUGUGCAUGUCUGUUUAUUGUGAUCUGAAAUAUAUUGCAGUUACGUUAAAAUAAAAAUCUAAUUUCUUAAUGUAACCACCCGCCCAACACCCCCCAAAAAAAUCACUUUACCAAUGCUUUGUUCGUUACUUAAACUUGCCCUAAAUUGGGCAAUGGGGUUUCACUAACUGCAGAGAAUAAAUAUUUCCAAACGGUGGAAGCUGAAUGCAUAUGGUUUUAACUCAUUCUGGGUAAUGUUUGAUAACCAUUUAAUUCCUCCUCCUGCAGGUGCAGGUACUAGAGGGUUCAACACAGGACAUUCUCCCCAAACUAAAGACGGAGUAUGCAAUAGAAAACAUUGACUUCGUCUUUAUUGAUCAUUUUAGCGAGAGCUAUAAACCAGACACUGUGCUACUGGAGGUGAGUGCUAUCCAUGGUUUAAAAUAAUUACUUUAUUUUUUAUUUUUUUAUAAAAAGUAGGAAAAUUCAUAUAUAGAAAUAAUUUCAAAGAAUAGUCAGAAUUUCUAUAUUUACUUUAUACUAUAAACAGCUACAGAUUAAGAAUGUCAUUUUAAGCUAUCUUGAAUUUAAAGGACCACUCUAGGCACCCAGACCACUUCAGCUUAAUGAAGUGGUCUGGGUGCCAGGUCCAGCUAGGGUUAACCCAUUUUUUCAUAAACAUAGCAGUUUCAGAGAAACUGCUAUGUUUAUGAAUGGGUUAAGCCUUCCCCUAUUUCCUCUAGUGGCUGUCUCAUUGACAGCCACUAGAGGCGCUUGCGUGCUUCUCACUGUGAUUUUCACAGUGAGAGCACGCAAGCGUCCAUAAAAUUGUAAAUGCUUUCCUAUGCGACGGGCUGAAUGCGCGCGCAGCUCUUGCCGCGCGUGCGCAUUCAGCCCAGGAGGAGGAUCGCAGGAGGAGAGAAGGAGGAGAGCUCCCCGCCCAGCGCUGGAAAAAGGUAAGAUUUAACCCCUUUCCUCUCCCCAGAGCCGGGCGGGAGGGGGUCCCUGAGGGUGGGUGCACCCUCAGGGCACUAUAGUGCCAGGAAAACGAGUAUGUUUUCCUGGCACUAUAGUGGUCCUUUAAGGGACUGAUCUAAAAUUAGGUCUGUCCAGUCAAGUGCGCUUUUAAAGUACCCUUACUAUAAAUUAAAUCUUGCCUGUUUCUAUGAAACCAUGUAGAAAAUCUCAACAACCAAAGCCAGAUGAUGCUGCAGAUAAUGUAGACUUUUUGCUUCUUAUCUGUACAAAGAUGCCCAACCUUGGAUGAUAAUGAUAGGCUGAGAACAGUGGGUUUCGCAUAUUUCAUUGGCAAAAGAAGGGGUUUGAGUUUGGUGAUCUGGAGAGCCUUAGUUUUUGUCACACUUAGUUGACAAGAUAGUUGGUGCUAGACACCUACACACUCCAUAACAACCUGCAUUGCAUACAAUAAGAUGUAGUGUUUGUAGUACUUAGGGUACCUUCCAUAAAAUAUAUAUCAAAACAAACUAAUGCCCCAGCACGUCUUUCUUAGUCAUUUUUCUUAAUCCUUUUAUAAAAGUGUCUUCAGUAUAAAAAGCUGCAAUGUUUCCCCACAACUGUGGUCUUGGUCAAGUUUGUAGUCGAAACAUUGCUGCAUUUUACAUUGAAGAAACUUUAAUAAAAGGAUUAAGAAGUAUGUGCUAGGACAUGUCUUUAGUGUUUGUAUGUGUAUCGGUUGGAGGUGUAACUGGUUUCCUGAGCACCUUAUGGGUAGGUGCUGCUCCUCCCCACUUUAUUUUGAUAAAUUAUGUAUCAGUGCUGCCCAAUGUCUUUGACGUAGGGAACUGGAUGUUGUUGGUGCAACAUGCUGGAAGGACUGGCAUAAUUAAACAAAACCUAAAAAAAACAAUAAUAAAGUAAUAAUACAACACAUUAUUAUUUUAGAUUUCCAAUCUAUUGUAUGUCUUUACCCUAACCCCAUUUUCCCUAAAAAAAUUUUUUACCGGUGGGGGCAUGGCUUGUCGGUGAAUGGAGUGAGUCACACUUUGCCGGAGCUCCGCAACUUCGACCCACAAAGCCCCAAAUAAAUGCCUACCAGCAUACUCAAAAUGGGGAAAACCAGACGCCAAGGCACCCCGGGACCCUCGGACAACAGCCCACCGAGAAAGCACGCGGUCCGAUGGACGACUUUCUCUCCACCCCGGAUAGCUUCCGAGCCAUGAGGCCCGCGGACAAGAUGGCGGCCGCCUCCCCGGGAGCUGAGAGCGUCGCGGACUCAGAGCCUAGCUUAGCAAGAGGUGAGGCCCUAACGCAAAUUACAGCUGAACUGGCGGCCAUCUUGGCCAACAUGUUCACUAAACGGGAUAAAGCUGCCAUGUUCCCGCAGCUGAGGGUGGCGAUACGGGAAGAGAUAUUGGAGGUACGCAGGGAUCUCACAGCCCUUGAAGAACGUGUCACAAUGAAGACCUUGGUGAAGCCCUUACACAGCUCUUUACCCACAUCUUGGGCGAGGAGGCCCCAGACGACUUCCACAUAGAACGUGCCCACAGGGCCCUACGUCCCCUGAGGAGAGAUGGCCUCACACGCGACGUGAUAUGUUGCCUUCUGUCUUUCCAGCUUAAAGAAGCCAUCGUGCGAGCGGCACACCCGCAAACCGUCACCUUCCACAAAGCCUCCAUAUCGCUGUAUCAGGACUUGUCCUCCCUCACUAUAGAUGCCCGGAGGGCACUGCGGCCGCUAACGUGCAUUCUUCAGGCGAAACGCAUACCCUAUAAGUGGGGUUUCCGCUUUUGCCCCCAAGCCAAAAAGGAAAAUACGUGGCGCUCCAUGCGAUGGCCCAAUGAACUACCCAGCUUCCUGAGAGCCUUAGACCUGCCACCAGUCACCAUCCGCAGUUGGAUCCUAGAUCAGCCGCCACUGUGCGCAAAUCAUUCUGAGGUUCCCGAGUCUCUGCGCAACCAAGCACGGAGAGAAGCGCAACCCACGUGCUGGGGAGGCCCUAAUGGACCCGAGGAGUAAACACCUGUAUCUUAGACCGAGCCCGGAGACCGUCAGCCCUUCCGGACCGGCAUCGCCCUCAAGGGUGCUCCCCGGGCGACAACGAUGAAAGCUAAGUAAUUAAACUUACACCUACACGGGAACUCCCAUCUCAAUGGCCGGGUGGAUACCAAUAUGUGAAGCCUGAAAAGGACUCACGACGCUCCCGGGAUAACACGUGUAGAAGGGGUUGGGAAAGUUCACCUUGAGGCCUCUGCCGAUUUUGUGGGUGGGGAACAGGUGCAAAGCUUAACUGAGACUGCCUGGAAAAACAGGGAUUCUUAGGCCCAAUGUGACUCAGCGAGACAAACCAGAUCUCCCACUUGCCUUCACAUUGCCGGUGACCGAGAACUUAACCACAUACCGGCCAGACCCCACCCCCUACACCUAACUGUCCCCCAAGGCCAUUCUGAGGUACCCCUAGGCUCACAUGCUGCAAGGGAGCCUGCACGGGCGUAACGGGGAGAUAUAUGGUCCUAACCGGCUGAACAUGUGCGGGGGGGGGGGGAGUCUUAGCGGUCAUGUCUGCUUGCUACACUCUGUUUUAUUUUGUUCUACCAUGGCUGUGGUGCUUCACAAACUGAAAUGUGUUUUUCUUUUUUUUUAUGUUCAGUUUACAGACAGUCACGGCCGUGGCCUCAAAGCCGCUUAACUUAAUAUUGUAACGUAAUGUGCUGACUAAGUUAUGGUACAAGCCGAAAAAGGGUUCUUUAGUUUAGCUUAAACCCAGCCACGGACGUGGCCUCAAGACCGCUUUACUUCAUUUUGUAAGGUAAUAGGCUGACUAAGUUAUGUUACAGGCCGAACAGUGUUCUUAUGUUUAGCUUACAAUCAGCCACGGACGCGGCCUCGGGACCACUUAACCUAAUAUUUUACUAUUGUGAGCUGACUAAGCUAUGUUACAAGCUGGAAAGUGUUCUUAUGUCCAGCUUAAUAACAGCCACAGAUGCGGCCUCGAAGCCGCUUCACUAAAUAUUGCAAUGUGGUAUGCUGUCUAAGUUAUGUUACAAGCCGAAAAGGGCUCCUAUGUCCAGUUUAGAACCAGCCAUGGAGGCGACCCCAAUACCACUUAACUUAACAUUGUAAUGUAAUACGCUGACUAAGUUAUAUCACAAGCCGAAAAGUGUUAGUAUGUUUAGUCUAAAGUCAGCCACGGACACAGCCUUGAGACCGUUUACCUUAAUAUUGUAAUACAGUGAGCUGACUAAGCUAUGUUACAAGCCGAAAAGUGUUCCUAUGCCCAGUUUAGAAUCAGCCACGGACGCGGCCCCAAUACCGCUUAGCUUAACAUUGUAAUGUAGUAAAUGUCAGCCGCGGAUGCGGCCUUGAGACCGCUUAACUUUUUAUUGUUAUUGUAAUGUGAUAUGCUGACUGAGUUCUGGGACAAGCCAAAAAAUGCUACUGUGUCCAGUUCAAAAUCACCCACGGACGUGGACUCAAUUCCGCUUAACUUAACAUUGUAAUGUAGUAUGCUGACUAAGUUAUGUUAAUAUUGUGUGCUGACUUAGUUAGGUUUCAGAAGCCACCCGAGCACAACGAACACACGGUGCCGACACCAAAAGUAUGACACCCCCCCAUCGGGACACCAAAUAAUUCCCCCCAAGGAGUGACCUACACCUCCCCCCCCCCCGACUUAGACCCACACCACUGAAUAUGAGACCACCGUCUGUCCACCAUUGGGUGGACCACCCCCUGCCCUGAAUCACUUGGCCCAGUGGGACAACCCCACCCUGGAUGAGAAAACAUGACAGAAACAGGAACCCCCUCAAAGCCCAUUAUUCCACAAUACUAGUAACGUGAGAGGCGUGCCGCCAGACUGGUCGACCGACCAGCGGCUUGCACAAGGCUAGACGGGGAUCUAAAUGACCGGCCCUUCAGCGAGACCCGGGUCGUAUCACCCAAGUGCCCGUUCUGUCCCCCUUCAGUGAGACAACCCAUUCUCACUGAUCGUAGUAGACAUAAUAGAAACCCUAUAACGUGGGUCGAGGGAGAGCGGAUACCGGACUCCCCAGGCGGACUUAACCAACCAGACUUCCUUGUCCCUCAGCAACUGACCCUCUUGUAUAUUAGGUCUCCCCCAUACGACCUAGGGCCACAGUUGCCUACUAUUUCAAAGCCAUCAAAAGGCUAACAACCUCAGACAGACACAGUAACCAAACCGCCCCCCUCCAUUACCUGCCCCACUUUCCCCUCACCCCCACUCCCCCUUUUUUUUUCCCCCUCGGGGCCCCAGGUCCCGGCUCCCCCUGCUGGGUGGCCCAGCAAACAUGGCGACCGGCUUCUACCCCGCGCUUUUACUCCUACGAUCGCACAACGUAAGGGGCCUUAACACCCCCGAAAAAAGGCGACACUUGCUAAGGACCCUGUGGUCUCAGAAGACCUCGAUAGCAUUUAUCCAGGAAACACACCUUAAAGGGAAGGACGCCCCCCAGAUAAGGGAUAGAAGAUUCCGCCAGGGAUUUUACGCCAAUAACCCCGAAGCUAAACGUACGGGUGUUGCAAUCAUCUUUGCCCACUCUAUCCCAUUCAUAAGCAUUGCAUCGCAAGCAGACCCCCUGGGCAGGUUCCUAUUUGUGAAAGGCACGAUCACAGACCUCAAGUACACUUUCGCCACAAUAUUCUGCCCCAAUAAGGGACAACACCGAUUCCUAGCAAAAGACCUUGCACAGUUAGAGAGGUUUAGAGAUGGAACCCUGGUGCUGGCCGGAGAUCUCAACAUCCCACUGGAUCCCCGGAUGGACUAGUCCGUGGGCACCAGCACCAUCCCCCCACACUGUAUAAGGAAAGCUAAACAGGCAUUGGUCAGGUCAGGCCUGGUCGACUGCUGGAGGGUGGCGCAUCCCGAAGCCAAAGACUACACAUGCUACUCUGCGGUACACAACAGAUAUAGCAGGAUUGACUAUAUUUUCCUUGCCCAAGAGUACCUUCCCUUCCUGAUCACAUCCGCAAUAGGGAUACAACACGACUCGGACCAUGCCCCAGUUCAAGUCACGCUUAAAUCACCACUCUUCAAACCUCGGGAGCGCCAAUGGAGACUCAAUGAAAGUGUACUGACAGACACCAAUUUCACCACACAAAUUGCACAAACACUGACCAAAUACUUCACCGACAACGACAGUCCCGACGUUGCCCCCCUUACGGUGUGGGAAGCACACAAAUGCGUGAUUCGGGGACAAUUUAUUAAACUAUGCACCCAACAGAAGAAGGAACACGCCGCAAAAAUCCAAGACUUGGCACACACGAUAGCAGAACUAGAGACACGACACAAACGGGACCAUACGGACGACACUUAUCGCCUCCUCACUGACAAGCGCAGGCAGCUUAGAGACCUACUUUCCUAGAAACUGCUACACACUAUCCAAAAAUCAAAUAGGUAUUUUUACGAAUUCUCCAACAAAUGUGGGAGAACACUAGCCCGCACCCUGCAACAAAAACAGAGGCAACACCACAUUCAUCAAAUUAUGGGGAGGGAUCACCGGCACGCGCGGGGUUGGGACGCGGGGGGUGGGGGGGCUGGCGGAUCCACCCCUUCCCUUCCCCCCGCCCUGGUCGACAACCCCCUUCCCUUCCUCACCUACCCCCCCCCCUUUUUUUUUCUCCUCUCCUUCUCUGUUCCGCUACUUCUUCUCUUCCAUACCACGUAGGCUGACCUUACACUGACACACCCCGGACAGAUAUUGGUCACUGACUUUUUAACGUAGAGUCAUUCUCUCAAGCCAAAUUCCCGUGCAGGACGAAAGCAGGAGGAGAGAUUAGUCCCCUCCCCAAAGUGGAAAGGGGGGGGGGGAAUGAAAGGGAGGAAAACAAGAGGAAUACUCGAUUUCCUUACCCUCUCUUCCCCCGUAGAGAUACAGGGAACAUGUUCUAAAGUUCAGUUCGCGCAGUUGCGCUCGGUUGUUCAGUUACUCACAGAGACUGGGUAGGGACACACAGGCGGGAAAUAGGGAGGGAGCAUUGCCGUAUGUGCGACAAUAUGCUUGAUGUCUGUAAGCUUUACAAUUCUUUAUUAUCUGUUUGUAUACAUACUGUGCUUCAAUAAAAACGAAGAUUGCCAAAAAAAAAAAAAAAAAUUAUGGGGAGGGAUGGGACGAUGAAAAGGGCCCCGACAGACAUCCUCCUGGCUUUUAGGCUCUUUUAUUCGGAGCUAUAUAAUAUCAACGCCACCACACGACGGACGGAGACAUCACAACGCCUACAUAGGGUGAACGCCUUCCUCUCGAAAUACGUCGGACGUAAGCUCUCGGAGGAAUUAGCAGAGGAACUGGAACAGCCUAUUACCGAGGAAGAGCUCGCCGCUGCCCUUAAAUGAUCUAAAUCCAACAAAGCCCCGGGCCCCGACGGCCUACCGGUCUUGUACCUGCGCAAGUUCCAGGACGCACUGUUACAGCACUUGUUACAGGGCUUUAACUCCCUACUAGAGGGCGGUAGGUUCCCAGCAGACACCUUACACGCGACGGUGACGGUCAUACCAAAGGAGGGGAAGGACCCCACCAAUUGCGGGAGUUAUAGACCGAUCUCGCUCCUCAAUUCCGAUCUCAAAUUGUUCGCCAAGACCUUGGUCCUGCGACUCUCCCGCGUGCUCCCCACGCUGGUUCAUCUGGAUCAGGUGGGAUUCGUCCCGGGAAGGGAAGCGCGGGGCAAUACCAUACGAGCCCUCAACAUGAUCCAUUCUGCCCGGUCGACAAACAAGGACCUGGUACUGGUCUCCACAGAUGCAGAAAAGGCCUUCGACCGGGUAGACUGGCAGUACCUCGAGGCCACCCUCCGCCAUAUGCAAUUCGGCCCCCAUAUUCGCUCCUGGAUACUAGCACUAUACACUACCCCGACAGCCUGCAUACGGAUUAAUGGCGCACUCUCGGCCCCGUUCUCCAUCCGCAACGGGACCAGGCAGGGCUGUCCCCCCUCCUGUUUGCCCUCACUCUGGAACCCUUCCUGGAGGCGGUCAGACGAGAUGUGAGUAUUACGGGGUACAGACUGCACCACACGGAGCAUAGGGUUGCCGCAUAUGCGGACGACAUGUUAUUUUUCCUCGAUGACCCCGCGAUCUCCCUUCCCAACCUCCUCCGAGCCUUCAGGGACUUUGGCGACGUUUCCAACCUUAAGCUGAACAUGAGCAAAUCGGAGGCCCUACCGAUCUCACUCACAACAGGGAGGGUCGCGCACCUCCGUUCACAAUUCCAUUUCUCGUGGUGUGACACCAAACUAAAAUACCUCGGGGUCUGGCUACCUAACUACCUGAAUCUCCUAUACCAGUUAAAAUUCCUCACCAUUCUCUCAGUCUUACAGUCUGACCUACACCGCUGGAGGAGUCUCUAUGUCUCCUGGUUCGGCUGGAUUAAUGGCGUUAAAAUGAAUGUUCUACCGCGCCUUCUGUUUUUGUUUCAAACGAUCCCCAUAUCCAUACCCAGAGCCUUCUUUCAAUCACUCUCCACGGCAGUGCGGAAGUUCGUAUGGAAUGGGAAGGCGAGCAGGGUCAGCAAGGCGCUGCUAGAACGCCCCAAGGCCCGAGGAGGUGCCGGACUCCCAUCCUUCCUGGGAUACUACUACGCCGCCCACCUACUCAGGACAGUAGAUUGGCAUGCACGCCCAACAGCUAAACUAUGGGUGCCCAUGGAACUCAUGCAGACAGGCGGCACUCUCACCUGUGGCGUGGAUCCCUAACACUAGGAUCUCUACGAAUCGGCAACCCAAUGAUUGAUGCUACGCUAUGAAUCUGGUGCAUGCUGCGAUACGCUCACCAACUCGCCACCACAGAUGGCCCCCUCACACCCAUCACACACAACCCAGAUGUCGGAGGGGGAUUAACAUCUGCAGACCUGCGCACAUACACCGACACCGACUGGCUCAGCUUUCAUCAACUAUUGCAGGGGGAUCGACUCAAGCCUCUGACUGAUAUUCUCGGGGACAAGAUACCCACAGGCCUAGACAACUUCCAUUACCUUCAAAUACGGGCAUACUAUGCGGCCUUCCUGAACAAACGGUGCCUACACAGAAUCCCCACACAGUUUGAAACACUCUGCACCAAAAGGGCUCACCCUGAGAGGGGAGUCUCCAUGCUAUACGCACUUCUCCUUGACGGAGAAAACCUGCCACAUCCAAGAUACAUAACUAGAUGGGAGAGAGAGACAGGGACCACGCUCACAGAACAGGAAUGGGAAAAGAUAUUUAUAUUAACACAUAAAUGCUCCAUCAGCUCCAAAUUCCAGGAGACGAGCUUUAAGAUCCUAACACACUGGUGCAGAGCCCCAGAUAUUCUGCAUCGUAUAAACGCGGAGAUGCCCGUCAACUGCUGGAGAUGCGGCGCCAACGAUGGCUCCGCUCUCCACAUCUGGUGGGGCUGCCCCGGUAUUGCCCCCUUUUGGACAAUGAUUCGAGAGUCCAUCCAACAAAUCACGGACAUUGCCCUGCAGUUCCAGCCCCUCACCAUGCUACUACACCACACAGACAUGACCCUUUCAGCAUACAAAAAAUCCCUAAUAAACACCUGCUGACAGCAGCCAAUUCCCUGUUCCCCACAAGGUGGAAGCAAAGGGAUGCGCCCACGCUCCGGCAGUGGAUAGACAGGGUGGGAGACAUCUACAACAUGGAAUCCCUUACAGCAGCGCUGCAUGAUAGACAAGAGAAAUGUACUCGCACUUGGACGCCCUGGCUGUGGUACCUCUCGGCAGUCGGGGCGGGGAACCGGAGGCCCUCUGACUCACCCCUUCAUACCCCCCCUCUUCUCUCCCCCUUGCCACCCUCCUGCCCUGACAGACGGACUGACCGAUGACCGGGAAUUGACCCCUCUGACGACUACUGCGUAGAGAAAAGCACCCGUGACAACAGCCGCAAGUCGGCUUCCGACACAACGGACGUCGGAUCCACCUAACACCCGGAUGGCCAUAUUUACCUAAUUAAGACACCACAUACCAGUUAAACGCAUAGGCCUCAGUCAAGGCCGUAACACAGAUAUCCUGCACAGGCACGACCCACUAGCCCCACAACUACUGACUGAAGACCAAGCUGUUACAUCGGUCCUUUAUCCGGUGCUAGUGUGUACCAAACCCUGUCACUGAUACCCUAAAAUGCCACUACGUGUACCCAGAGAGACAACGAUUAACGCUCAUGGUAAUAGUGGCCAGGGGACACGGCAGUACAUUGCGCCGCUAUUGCACCGAUAAUACCUACCGUAACUCGUUGACUGCACUUUAGAUCUACGCAACUUGGUGCGUUGUGUUCAUACUAAUACCAUCACAGGACCAGGUUAACUUUUUGUUCCUUAUACCCAUUGCCGCCCAAAUGAUGUUUGAUCUUACAUAUCAUAAAAGCUAUCACUUUGUACUCUGUUCACUAAUUGUCAAACUGUAACCAUGACGAAAGGCAAAAAUAAAGAUUGUCAAAAAAAAUAAAAAAUAUUUUUUUUUACUGUGGACUCUUUUCUUUCCUAUCUGCCAAUGUCCUCCAUCUCCCCAGUCAAAAUAAUUUCUAUCAUCAACCUGUGAGUGAUCCCAAUUUCUUUCUAUGUCCAAAAGUCUACUUUUACCACCAUUCCUGCUCAAAUCUAAUACUUAAAUCCUCCCACGUACUUCAAUCAUGAACCCUUACUCUUCAGCUCCCUCCUUUUAUUUAAUCUCCCUCUUUCAAACCAUCUGCUUUGUUCCUUCCCUGUUACCACUGUCCCAAUAAAGUUUGCCCCCUUUAAAAAAAAAUAUUUAAUCUCCCCUCCCCACCCUGUUUGUGUUCUCCUUUCUACAUUCUAAGUAUCUCCCCCAUAGUCAUUUUCUCUUCCAAAAUCCAUCUCCAACACCUAUCCCUCUUCCCUUUAUUCUAUCUUGCUCCAUCAUUACAUAUUUCUCAUUUGCCUCCUCAUUCAGUUGCUUCUGUUCAUUCACCCUUCUCUUCAUAUGCAGUUUCCCUACCUCUUACUACCUGUCUUCAUCAUGCCCAGUCUCUCUAUGUUCAGCAUUCUGUUCUCUUGUCAGGGGCAUAACAAGGUUCCAGAAACAUAUGUUACGUCCCUUCCUCCCAUAAACAGCAUGCUGCUCAUAUUCUCCAUGAUUUUAAUGAUAGCAUGUCUAGAAACAAGCAAGUGUUGCUGCCAGGUGCCUAGCAGCACAUACCUGUCCUGGGGAGUCCGCAGCGCCAUAGAGGCUGGUCCAUGACAAUCAUGGCACCCAGAGCUUUCUCUCUCCUGCUGGCUGUCCUGGCUUGCCCCUUUUUGGAUGCCUUGCCUCGGUUUGUGUCUGCAUAUUAAAAGCCCCAGUGCCACCACAGACCUGCCAGGAUCCUGUCUCCAUAUCCAAGUCUCCACUGAGAGUCAUGUGUGUAAGGGAGUGCUCUUUCACGGCGCUUUAGUUCCAAACCACUAAUUGGCUCCAGGUGGGUCAUCACAGCUGCGCAGCCAGGUAUUUAGUGGUAUCCCGCCAUGCUAUCUAACAGAGGGAUGUGCAGCAAAGUUCCCCAACACCUCCUCCUGACCACCUACACCCCUAACUAGCCUGACAAAGCACUAUACUACUGAUAAUUCUUUGUGUAAUAGGUUGCUGCUUUCAAAUGUCAUUGCCAUGUCUAUGGAUAUUAAAAUAAAAAAUAAAAAAAAUAGCGUUUUAAAAGAAUUCUGUCGCCAAUGGUAAAAAAAAAAAGGAUCCUAGCAGGCUGCAUGUGGUUUUUGCACUGCCAGUUAGACAGCACUUAUAUAAAUACUGGUUUAACAAGCGUCUGGUGCUUCUGUGGUAUGUAUCAUGUGAUGUCAGAGAAAGUAAAGGUGACUAGACGGAGAGAAAUAACAAAGAAAAAAUACAUUAGAAGUUAUACUUAUUGUUUCUACCUGAUGAAGUCUUGGCUCUGUAAGAACAUUAAAAAUGUAUAAUAGUAAUGUCUACAACUUAAAAUGUUUUUAUUAGGAAAAAGUACCGUUAAUGGAUAUUACAAAAUUCCAUCUUCAUAUUACUUUGCAAACCAUUUAAAAAAUCUGUCUUAUUUUCAUGAUUAAUGUUGAGGAAAAAUGCUUGAAGAUACAUUUAUUUUCUGAAAGUAGUUGUAUUCACAGUAUAAUUUGCAUACAAGAUAUGCAUUGAAAUAUCUAACUUGGGACAAUUCCCAGACCGCUACUAUAGUAACCAGUGUAGUAAAAAGCAAGAAUAAAGGCAAUUGAUCAAAACCCACUUAUCAAAUCACAUACCUUCCAAGUGUCUCUAUUUAGUCCCAUUCCUGCAACCCCUUUGCACUGGGGUUGCUGGGAGCUUAAAAAAAAUGCAUCAUGGCUCAUUAACCACGUUCAACGUGAGUCAAUACCACAUGCAUUGGCCUGAGGUUCCUUAAAGGAUCACUAUAGUGUCAGGAAAACAAAUCGGUUUUCCUGACACUAUAGUAACCCUGAGGAUGCCGCCACCCUCAAGGUCUCCCUCCAGUGGUGCUGAAAGGGUUAAAACCCCUUCAGUUAUUCACCUUCUUCCACCGCCAGGCUCCCUUACCUCUCCUCCCCCGCUGACGUCAGCGGAGCGGAAUGCGCAUGAGCAGCAGUGCCCCGCGCGCAUUCAAAGUGUCCAUAGGAACGCAUUUUUCAAUGCUUUCCUAUGGACGCUCUGCGUGAUGAAUGCAUAAUAUGCCUCCAGCGUCGCAGAUGCGCCUCUAGUGGCUGUCCUUAAGACAGGCACUAGAGGCUGGCUUAACCCCAAAUGUAAACAUAGCAGUUUCUCUGAAAACUGCUAUGUUUACAGCAGGCAGGGUUAACCCUAGAGGGACCUGGCACCCAGGCCACUUCAUUGAGCUGAAGUGGUCUGGGUGACUAUAGUGUACUUUGGUAAUAGAAAAUAUAUGGACCCAGAGACUGGUGGCUUCAUUAAGUCCUACCUACAUUUGUGGUAAUGUUAAUUGGAUCCUCAGUCUUUGGCCAAAAAUAUCUCCUCCUCCUACCCAACAACAGUGUCCUUAUAACCCAACCCACCAAUAACCAGUGACUAGGGUCUUCACAUUCUCAUGCACUAGACACAUGUCAGGGAAGUAUCAUGGGGGACCCACCGCACAUAAAUAAAUAAAGCGAAUAUGGGAAUGUGUUAAAUAUACAACUUAUCAAAUUACGGUAACUAGAGUCUCAAAAUUCAACUUAUUCUCUUUAAACAACUGAAAUGGCAUUGAUUAAAAAUGGUAAUGGUAAUUAUAAAAUGAAUAUACCAUACAAAAAAAAGUCACAUUACACUCCAUUAGAUAUCUAAUGCUAUUUUGUUAGGUAUAUGUUCUAGUGUUGUGUAAUUGGCAAAUAGUUUUUGAAUUCUCUACCAAAGAAAAUGUGCUUAAUGAGGUAAUAAUUCCUCAUCCCUUACAGCUUUCUACAGGCAAAAUAUAUUAUCACUAGAAAGUCUAUUAGUACAAUGGCGUCAUGUCAAUCUCCUUGUAUUCCUUUAACAGUGAAACAUAUGAUCUUAAGUUACACCUGAUAGUAUGGGAGAAUUUUCCCUCCUUCCUCUCCAGUUUUUACAAUACAAGGGCAUGAUCAGUGUUCAGUGUCACUUCUAGUUCCCAUUUAAUUACAACUGGCAAAUGGAUUUUAAUAGUGCAACACUUAGUGUACAUUUGGAAAUGUUUCUUAUAGCCUUUAACAGAAAUACUUGUAUUUAUAAUUACUUUUUUAACUUUUUACUUAAAGUGGACUCUCAAACUUACUUUCCUCUCCUUCUCUUCAACUUUUGAAAUCGGCUCAUCUUUUCUUAAUUUCUCAUCUAUUUUUCUUUAAAAUAUAAUAAAAAGUAGGGACUUUUAUCUUAUAUAUUUUUUCCAUGCCUGACAACCUUGACAAAGGGUAGAGCUUAAAGAAAACUCUACUAUCUUGACAAGGGAAGCAGAGCUUGCCUUAUGCCUUAAACUCCACCCCUUUGAUUAAAAUAAAUACACAAGACAAAGAAGUCCCCCUACUUUCUUAUGUUUUAAAGAGAAAUAGGUCAGAAAAGAUUAACAGAUUCUGAAAGAGGAUGAGAAGAAGAAAUAACAAGAGAAAGGUAAGUUUGAGGUGUGACAAAGUUACUCUAACUAUAAUUGGAGGGACAAACUUAAUAUGUGUGAAUCUUUCUUUAUUGUACACAGGACCUUGGGUUACUCAGAAAAGGCUCCGUAUUGGUGGCAGAUAAUGUUUUAUAUCCAGGCGCCCCAGAAUUCCUUGAGUAUGUCAGGACAAGUGUUCGAUAUGACUGCACCAACUAUCCUGCCCACGUGGAGUACAUAAAUAAGCCAGAUGCACUAGAAAAGGCGGUGUUUACAGGAUAG